AUGCGUCUCCUCACUUUGUGUAGUUUGCUUCCCAGCAUUCUUGCUUUACCAUCACAGACCCUCGACUUUUCAAGACAUGCUAUUGCAUCUCGCGCCGACUCGUCUCUUACAAACUAUCUCGGCGUCUUCUUCCUCGGCGACAAGCCUUCUGUAUACUUCUACCUCUCCAAUGGCAACAACGCCAACUCCAUGACUGCUUUGAACAAAGGCCAAGCGGUCAUCAACCCGACAAAAGGCACUCUUGGCGUCCGCGACCCUGCAAUCAUAUCUGGCGGAGCAGCCGAAGCUGGAAAGAAGUGGUACAUCAUUGGUACCGAUCUGAACAUCGGGAAGACAACGUGGGAUGCAUCCCAACGCACGGGAUCCCGCGGCAUCUUCGUCUGGGAAUCCGUCGAUCUUGUAACAUGGACCAACGAACGCCUAGUCACUGUUGAAGAUGCGACUGCAGGAAUGGUCUGGGCACCCAGCGCUAUCUUCGACGAAGCCAAAGGCCAAUACUUCGUUCAUUGGGCGAGCAAGUUUUAUCCCACUUCCGACCCACAGCACACAGGUCCACCUUCGUCGAUCCGCAUCCGCUACGCAUAUACCAAGGACUUCAAGACCUUUAGCACGCCUCAGGACUACAUCAACCGAUCACCCACCAACAUUAUCGACCAGGAGUUUCUGGCUCUCGGUAACAACGCGUACGCGCGCUUCUUGAAGGAUGAGAGCGCGAAAACAGUCUUUACGGAGAUCUCGACUAAUGGGCUAUUUGGCACCUGGACUAGACCUGCAGGUGCUAACGCCAUCAUCGCAUCUGGCGUUGAGGGCCCCGCGCCUUACUGGGACAACCAAGUAGCCGGCAAGGCGCAUCUCUUGCUGGACUUUUAUGGAGCGGAUGGAUAUAGGCCCUACGAGAGUACCAACGUAAGGAGUGGCCAGUGGACAGCGAGUGAUAGGAGUGCCUGGCCUCAGGAACUGAGGCAUGGAAGUGUAUUGGGCGUUAAUGCGUCUCAGGUGGAAGCGCUGAAGAAGAAGUGGGGGGCUUGA